AUCCAUUUUUGUUUACAUCGGUCACCGGUUCAUUUUGUUUAAAUAUUGAAAGCUUUUUGUUUAGCUAUUUGAUUGUUUAUAAGAGUCCAGUCUAUAGUAUACUUCAGGGUAGCAUUUGAAUUACAGUUGAAAUUGCUACUUCAUCUGUUUAUGAUAGGAAAGCAUGGAUGGUACAGUAGAGUUAAGUACAGAGUUUGACAAUCUAGAUGACACUGGAACAGCCGACCAUGAUGAUAUAGAUUUUGAUCUAAGCACACCUAGAGACCAACCGGCAUUUAGUGAUAUUGAACUUCCCAAAGACAUUCAGCCAUCCGGUAACCAGAGAGGCAGAAUACCAAGUAUUGUCAUUACCGAACCAAGCUGUGCAAAUUUAGUGAGCCUUGGGGAAUCUAAUAAAGAUGUUAAUGAUGAUGAAAUUAAAUCUAAGGCAAAUGUUGACGAAUCUGAAGCAAAAUCUGGAGAGGAAUCUUCAGACAUAGUUAAAGAGCAGCCUGAUAAUCUUUUUGAUGAUUCUAAUGGUAAAAAUGAAAACGAACCUGAAAAGUCAGCUUCAGAUAUCAACAAAAGUCAGGAUGAGGAAAGAAAUGAGCAUCAUGAAGAUGUUAAACAAGUUGAGGUAACAGAUAAAUAUGAGAUAGAUGUUACUGGUGACAAAACAGAAGAUCUAAACAUGUUAAGUGGUGACACAGAUGGUUUUAAGCAAGAGAAAAAUGUUUCUCAAAUGAUAGAUCAACUGCACAGAACAGGAGCUGAUAAGCAAGAAGAUGAGGUGGAAAAGGAGGUUGAUGUGACAGUUAGUCUUGAUAAUAUAAUGAUGAAUGAUAAGACUGAAGAUGAUUCUGACUCUGAGUUUGAUUUUGAUCUCCCAACUCCAGCCAUUAAUUCAUCUACAGUAAAACCUGUGCAACAGGAAUCUACUGUCAAACCUGUACAAACUGGACCACAGGUCAACAAAGGCCAGCCUGAAAUGACCAUAACUACAGCAACAUCACAUGAUCUCAUUACUGGUUCCCCAUUACCACAACAAAGUAACAUAAGCUCACAGAAGCCGGACCAUAACACUGGUUCCCAUUCCCCACAGGCUAGCAGUAGUGGAAUACAGAAACCAGUAGCCGUUAUCAAACCUACAUCACAACCAGCACAGGCUCCCUAUGUUGUACCGCCUCCCCCAGAUGAGGGCACACAGCACAUGUUAGAGUCAGCACAAGCAGAAUGGGACAACGUUACCACUGUACAAGCAGGGUAUAAGGAAACAGAUGUCACUGUUAAAGGGGUUGAGCCUACAGUGGUCCAAACUGUAAAACCUAUGACAAGCCAGGAGCUGCUGCAAAUAAUCAAGCGGGAGGAUUUCUCUCAAGUCAGGGCUAGUAUAAAACCAGUAGUAGAGAGACAUGGAUUAUCUGCCUUUGUAAAUUAUCUGUUUGGACCUCCAAAGUUACAUCCAAAUCUUCUCGAUGAGAGAGACAGAGUCUUUUGUCUUGCAGCUUCACAGUUGAACAAUGAAAACAGUGCUCAUAUGAGGACAUUACAAACUAUAUACAGGUGUUUAACAGGGUCUAAGUUUGAUUGUCCAAGGAUUGGUGGUCACUGGGAGGAAAUUGGUUUCCAAGGUACUGAUCCAGCAACAGAUUUACGAGGCGCUGGAAUUCUUGGUGUUGUAAAUUUAUUACACAUAUUAAAAGAUGGUAAAGUACAUCAACUUGCAAGUGAUAUUUACAGGCUGUCAUUACAUCCUACACAGAAUUUUCCAUUUUGUGUAAUGGGUAUAAAUUUAUCAAGGAUAACACUUCAAGUUCUCAGAGAGGGUUUACUCAACAAGGAAUGCAAUAGACGUCAUGAAGUUGUUUGUGUUGUCAAUGAUUUCUAUGCAGGCCUUUAUCUACAUUUAUACCAGAUUUGGAAAGGACAGGGUAAAACUAUAUCAGACUCAGGCUUUGUUAUCAAAGCUAAGAAAUCCCCUAAGAGAUUGUUCAGGAAAAAUGCGAUAAAUUUGAACAAGAAGACAGUUGUGAUAGCUACAAGUCCCAUUGACAUAGGGGGAGACAACUUUGUCAAUGUCUUGAUGAGGAAAAUGCCCAUCCAUUAA